AUGAAAGGAAACCGGCCUCUCUCGAGUAUGACUACCGAAGAAGCCUAUAAAAUCAUGAUGCAGCUGCAAGAGCUCGAGUUCCCAUACGCAUUUGCAAAAGCUCGCAAGAUUGCACUGCUUAAAGCAGGAGGCAUCCCGACCAUGUCUAAACUCUUCGCCGUCACUGGUCAAAAUACCAAACGUAACGCAGGAAGACGCUCCGUCGACACUGAGGUUCUUCUUCGAGAAUCACAGUCCAAGCGUCGGGACUCGGAGCGUUACGCUAUGGCCGUGGCGAGGAUGAACUACCUCCAUUCACGUUAUCGACGCGCCGACAAAAUUACUGACCCCGAUCUGCUUCACACCCUCGGUGACGGUCUUGCUGAGAUCUUAAAUGUUGUGAAUAGAGAAGAAUGGCGCAAGUUGACUGACGUCGAGAUGUGCGCCGUUGGUGUUUUCCACAAGAAUCUGGGAGAAGAUAUGGAGAUCCCAUUCACUCCACUACCAUCAAGCGCAGAAGGGUGGAAAGAUGGUGUGCAUUUCGCCAGGGAGCUAAGAGACUGGACAGUCCGAUAUGAAGAAGAUGUGGCAAGGGCUACAGCAACAAACGACCAGUAUGUUAGGGUAUAUGUUGAUUCAGCUGUCGCAAACUUGCCUGGAGUCGUCAGGACAACUUUAAGAAAGGUCUUAGCGGAUAACCUAGAUGACGUUAUGAGGACAAGCCUCUGUUUGGAAGCGCCUGGCCCGAUUCUCUCGUCUCUCCUAGCAAUAAUUCGCAAUAUUCGAAUAGUACUCCUUCGGUACGCGGCACUACCGCGUCCAUCUUCACGGAGAGUGAAGAUGGUCGAUGAUUCACCGAACCCGAAGACUGGGCUAUAUAAUUUCGAACGGAAGACCUUGCAGCCAUGGUAUGUAAGACCGACAUUCUGGUCAAUUUGGGGACCUGGUGCUUUCCUCAUCAAGCUGUUUGGUGGGAAAUUGCCUGGUUCGGGGGGAGACAGGUAUAUCCCCCAAGGCUAUGACUUGAUGACAAUUGGGCCAGAACCGCAGAAAGGUAAGGGGUCCGAGGACAUGAUUGCGAAUGUACAGAUUAUUAGGAGUAAAGGGGUAGCAACAUGUCCAUUCUCACAGGCGCAAGGUGGAGUUUUUUAA